UACGUCUAAUCUUUUCCGAAAAACAUUACAAUCGCGUUUGUAUCAGAAAUCUAAUAUUUAAAGUGUAAAAAACACGUCGCAUGUUAUUUUAAUGUUCACAAAUAAAGCUGCACUACACACGUAAUUUUGCUGCAAUUAGAAAACAACUUUAGAAGUGGUAGGAACUAAAAAAACACCCAGUGAGAGACCGGAACUCGUGUCGGACCACUUCCUGUCCUGUAUGAGGUCACAAUGCUCGCCUUGAGACGGUUUCAGCGGAUAAAAGCUGUUUUUUCACAACAUGGAAAUGCAAGUUUAAGAAGUUUGACCUCUUCAAAUGUAGAACAACAGAAAGAUGACGUGCUUGUAAAGAUUGAAAACCCGUACAAAGAACCACAGAAAGGAUGCAUCCUCUGCAGCGUCACAGUGGACUUCAAAAACAUUCAGCUGCUGUCCCAGUUCAUCUCACCUCAUACGGGCAGAAUAUACGGCCGACACAUCACAGGCCUGUGUGGAAGAAAACAGAAGGAAGUCUCUAAAGCUAUAAAGAAAGCUCAGUCGAUGGGUUUCAUGUCGGUGACUCACAAGCAUCCGCAGUUUAUGAAGGACCCCAACAUCUGCGGCGUCAGACAUCUGGAUUAGUGGAUCAAUGUGUGAAACUCGUCUCCUGUGUUGAAACUGUAAUAAUUAUUAUUAUUUGUUAAUUAAAACCUCUGAUUCUGA